AUGGCUGAAGAUGCAAGCUCAAACAGUGCCCAAGAAGCACUGUUUGCAAAAAUCGGGGCUGUACACACGGCAGUUUGGAGCACUCUCGCAGUUAUUUUAAUAGGUACAUUAAUCAACAGAUUGACUGGCUUGCGAUAUCCUGCCAGUCUGCCUCGUAUUCGCGAAAAGAAAGGGACGACAACUUUCAGUCUUCGAACGCGUCUUGCAUAUUAUACAGACGCGAAAAAGCUCUAUCGAGAUGCUUAUGAACAAUACUCGAAGAAAGGCAAAACUUGCUUGAUCCCAGGCCUAGGCUUCAAAACUGAUGUGAUUGUACCCGGUGCAGCCAUUCGAUGGAUCACUUCGCAGCCGGAUUCGGUUCUGAGCUACGUGGAGUCUGCUCUUGAUAUUGAUCAAAUUGAGCAUAGUGUGGGUCAUCGGAAGUUUGUCGAGGAUGGCUGGCAAAGCACUGUUUUGCGGCGAGAUCUGAAUUCCAAUCUGGAAACAGUAGCUCCAGAUGUGUGGGAUGAGACUUGUGCGGCGAUUGAUUAUCGUUUUGGUGACAGCACGACGAAAUUCAAAACAGUACACCUCUAUGACAGUAUGAAGUUGAUAAUUGCGCAAGCUUCAAGUCGCUUCACUGUCAGCAGACCAUUGUGUAGAAACGAGGCAUACUUGAAGAAUAGCAUUGAGUAUUCGGAUUGGUUUGUUAUCGAGGCUGGCCUCAUUGGUAUUCUUCCGAAAAGCUGGCGUCAUUAUUUUGGAUCAACUCUCGCUUUGCCUAUGCGAUACUAUGAGUAUUUCAUCAAACGAGAGCUGAAGUCGACGAUCAAGGAAAGAAUGGAGCUGCUCGAAACUCAGAGCGAGGGCCCGGAGCCUCUUGACCACCUUCAGAUGAUGCUGAAGUUCGCCCGAAAGAAUCGUCCUCAGGAAUACAAUGUCAACGACAUGGUCAAACGUGUUAGCAUCUCAAAUAUCGGAUCGAUUCAUCAGUCAAGCAUCGCGAUCACUAACGCCAUCUUUAAUAUCCUCGAAUCAGACGCCAAGUACGACACAAUUGCUCAAAUCCGCACAGAAAUCUCAGAGUUCUUCGCCGAAGGUGGUAACUGGACAAAAGCCAGUAUUGCGAAAAUGUACAAACUCGACAGCAUCAUCCGCGAAACCCUCCGAAUCAACUCUUUCGGCAAUCGUGGCGUCAUGCGACAAGUCAACGUCGACAACCUCGUCACCGAAGACGGUUUCCUCCUCCCCAAAGGCGCUGAAGUGUCAAUCCUGGGUCACCCCGCCGCGACUGACCCAGACGUGUUUCCCAACCCUGACGAAUUCGAUCCAUUCCGCUUUUCCCGCCUCCGCGAAGCUUCCAAAGAUAGCAGUUCGCAGUACGCGUUUGUAUCGACAGGACCUACGCAUCUCGCGUUCGGACAUGGCAAACACGCGUGUCCUGGGCGGUUCAUUCUGGAUUUCGAGCUGAAAAUGGCACUAUGUGCGGUUUUUGGGCGGUAUGAGCUCAAGUUCCCGGCGGAAUAUAAGGGAAAGCGGCCUCCGCUUAAGUGGGUUGCCGAGGCGCAGAUGUUGCCUAGUUGGGGGGACGUAGUAGUAAGGAAGUUGGAGGAGGGCCUUUGCUGA